AUGCACACACCGUCAAGCUACUCGAAGAAGAUGGCGAACUCUCAGACGAUACUUGGGAUGAUGUUGUUGUGUGCUUUGAGCAAAACAGCCACUCGACGGUCUCCUUCCUUGCCCUCCCCUCCAAAGAAUGACAUGUUCAGUACGCCACAAGCCCGCAACUCGCACUUUCUGAUUUCUGAUGCUUUAUGUGGUCUGUUUCGACAACUCGUUAUCCUCAAUUCUCAGUCUCCACUGUUGUACUAUGUUGUCGCAGUCUCCAAUUCCCAUGUAAUAAUUGUCGGAAAUAUUGAUUCCGGUGUAUAA